CUUGCUUGUGGCAGCUCUGCUAUCAGCUGUGUUGUAUUGUAUCAUUUUGUAUAUGUCGGGGGAAGAAUGAAUGCAUAAGAUUUCCAAGAACAAAUGGCAGACGAGAGAAACUUUCGUUCAACUUAUUAUGAAAAAGUGGGCUGCAGAAGUGUCGAGGAACGUAAAUCGCUUGAAAUCUUGCUGAAGGACAAACCACUGAAUGUGUUGAAAUUGAAACAAUUUUGUAUUCUUUUUACGGUGCCCAAUAUCCACCGGAAUGUUUUGUGGAAUUUUCUCUUAGGUGUGACCCCAAGUUAUACAGACUCCUGCAAAUAUGUAAUGACCCAGCGGGAGGCAGUGUACAAUGAUCUGCUACGGGCACUGCAUGUGAUUCGGAUAAUUGACGAAAGAACGCCAAAACAUAAAGUGCUAUAUGCAAUGUGGCUGCUAGAAACGAAGCAACUUUGCCUUGGAUUUGAUCUGAACCAGGAAAGUCCAUUCUGCAACAUCACUGAAGUUUUAUUGCAGUUUUUUGACAAUGAUGUAGAAAUCUAUUGGAUGGCAAAGGGAUUCCAAGAAAACAGCCAAGAAAUUUUGGAAGAGAUGGGGAAGCUAACGGAUCUAACCAGUACAAUACUGGAGAAGGAGGACAACGGGAUUUUUAUUCAUCUCAAAUCGUGUGAUAUUCUUCAUUCUCUGCCGCUAAGUAAAUGGUAUGGAUCCUUCUUUGCGGGUGUGCUCUCCGAGCCGGCACUUAUCCGGAUUUGGGACAAAAUUUGCGGUGGUUCGAUUAAGAUUGUGAUAUUUGUGUUGAUCGAAAUUUUGCGCACUCUUCGGCGACGUAUUUUGCGCUGCAUGGAUUUAAAAUCACUGCUAGAAUGCAUAGACAGCAUAAAAGAUGAACAAGAGAGAGCGGAUCUGAUUGUCAAUAAAGCGAUUGAACUGUGGCAACAAAAUAAGGGUCACAACGAGUUUAUCCUGCAAACAAAAGUAAAGACGCUUAUAUGAGAAUGGCCGUCAUAUUCUGAAUAAAUGCCCAUUUUUGUUUUACAUGCUUUGUUAAUGUCGAUAAAAUAAAUCAGAUAGAAAUUA